AUGUCGUCUGAUGAAUUGGGUGGCGAAAAUGAAAAUUUUGAUUCAAUACAAAAAGACUCCUUAUGGAGAGAUGAGCAUAAGAUGGAAGAAUCUGCACAACUUAUACAUUUCCUUGUUUUAGGCCUUAUUUGUGGACUAAUCUUGAGGGAAUUAAAUAAGAAGACCAACAUCCCUUACUCUCCUAUGAUUCUUGCUCUUGGUUUGGCUAUUGGUCUUUCGUAGAAAUAUCUUGGGAAAAUAGGGAAUAGUGCUUACAUUUUAUCUAAAAUGCAUCCUCAUUUGAUCGUCUUCAUUUUCAUUCCAGUUCUCCUGUUCGAGUCAGCCUUUAACUGUGACUGGUACACUUUCAAGUACUAAAUUAUUAAUAUCUUGCUUUUGGCAGGGCCUGGGUCUAUAUUGUUGGGAGCAUGCUUUAAGAUCAUUCUGUAAUAUAGCGAUGAUGAUAUGAACUGGUAUGAAGCCUUUACUUUGGGAUCAGUGUUAUCAGCUACCGAUCCUGUGGCAGUAGUUGCACUCUUGAAAGAAUUGGGAGCAAAUCCAGCUUUUAAUCACUUGAUUGAAGGGGAGGCAUUACUCAAUGAUGGAGUUGCAAUGGUUUUCUUUAAUGUUUUUAACAAUAUUUCAAAAGCUUCUAGUGGAAAAGGAGAGCCAGUUAAUGGAGGCGAUAUAGUGUUAAGUUUCAUAAGGACUUCGCUUCUGGGACCAGUGAUGGGUCUAAUUUUGGGUGUGUUGGUUGCUUUGUGGACUAAAAGAAUAUUAGGAGAUGAUAUCGAAGUAACUUGGUUGACAUUCGUAUUUACAUAUUUUACAUUUUAUUGGGCAGAAUUUGAAUUUUUUAAAACAAGUGGACUUUUGGCUGUAGUAGGUUUAGGUUUGUUUUGGUGUGCUUAUGGAAGAACAAGGAUAAGGGCAUCAGUUGAGCAUUCAGUCCAUGCAGUUUGGGGAUUUGUCUAAUAUAGUUGUGACACUCUGGUAUUCUUAUUGGUUGGUAUCAUUGUUGGUAAUGAAAUAAUGGAGGAGAAAUUAAUAGUGAGUUCAGACUAUUAUAAAAUGAUUGGAUUCUAUUUCUUAAUGAUUUUGGCUCGAUUUUUAAUGGUUCUGACAUUCUAUCCAUUUCUAAAAUGUUUUGGAUACCCAAUAUCAAAGUCUGAAUUGAUUGUGUUGGUUUAUGGAGGAUUAAGAGGAGGAUUGGGACUAACACUCUCUUUAAUGGUAGGUUGUGAUGAGGAUCUCCCUGCUCGUUUUAGACAUUUAGCUGUUUUCUAUGCUGCUGCCAUGGCCUUAAUCACUAACAUGGUUAAUGGAACUACUUGCAAGACCUUAGUCAAAUGUGUUAAGAUGAUAGAUGAACCAAUUGUUAAAAAGAAGGUGUAUAAGAAAUAUUUGGAGGAGUUGAUUGUUAUUCAAUAGGAAUUAGUCAAGGAAUUAGAGACUGAUGAUUUCUAUAACAUGACUGAUUGGAUGACUGUGGGUAAUCUGAUUGGGCAAUAGGAUUUUAUUGAAAAAAUUGAUAAAGUGGAAGAAGAUAUUAAAAAUAUCAUUUAAAAGAAGGGGUUUUAAGAAAUGAUUUAUGAAGGAUUGCCAAAUCAGGAUGUUUUUGGAGAAGUCAGAUAUAGAGUCUACAGAAUUCUUAAGGGAUUGUAUUACCAUAAAUACGAAGAGGGUCUUGUAGAAGAAUAAACGGUAAGAAUGUUGGUAGAAUCCAGUGAUGUUGGAUUAGAUAAAUUAAAUUAUAAUCUUGAGAUUUGGGAUGAAUUAUACAAGAAUUUUAUGAAUCUUUGUAGUGUCAAUUUCUUUUUUAAAGUGAAGCAGAAGUUUCUCAUUGGAUUCUUUGCAAGGGAAUACUUGAUCAAACAUCUCGGUUUAGUUUAUGAUGUGACAUCCUCAUUCAUUAUAUGUGCAGAAGAGGCAUUAAAGUUGGCAGACAAUUUCCCUAUGAAUAAAGAAGCUAUAUCUAUUAUUUAAGAAGAAUUAAAAAAAGAUAUUGAAAAGGCAUAGACCUACUUUGGUACUUUAAAUGGAAGUUUCCCUGAAAUAGUCAGAGUCCUUCAAACCAAAAAGGCUUCCUUCUCUAUUUUGACUCAUUCCAUUGAACAUCUUCAAUCUACGCAACGUCGAGGUCUCAUUGAUGAUAAAGAAUAUAAAAUCCUAUUGAAAGAUAUUAACAACAAGCUUGUCAAAUUAGAAAGUCAUUCAUAUGAUAUGAGUCUUCCCUCUUUUCAUGUUGUUGCAAUGCAGUUUCCAAUCUUUUAAGAGAUCUCUCUUACUGAUUUGGAUAUUAUCAAAAAUGUUGCUAUAGAAAAGAAAUAUGCAUUAGGAUAAGUCAUCUAUGCAAAAGGGGAUGAAUGCAAUGAAGUAUACAUUAUCAUGAGAGGAUACGUUGUCAAUGAUUUUAACGGAAUUCUCAUUACUAAAGGAUUGGGAUCCUUAAUUACCCACUAAAGUCUUAUUGUGGAUGGUGUGCAUAUGAGCACGGCUAAAGCAGCUGUGGAAUCUUAAUUGUACUCCUUGCCUACCAAAGUAAUCAAAGAAGUUAUGAUCAGAAAUAAAGAAUUUGAAUUCAAGGUUUAUCUACAUUCUCUUGAAUACAUUAGAAAAUGGUAUGAGAGUAAAGUCGGCCCACUUGCUUAGAUGGAUUUAAAGAGAUUGAAUGAGUUCUUAAGAAAUAAAUGUAAGCUAAACAAACUCUCAGCACUAUCUCAAACUGAAUUUACUCAUGGAGGCUUCUUGUUUUCUGGAGAGGUACAAGAUUCUAAGGCGAACACAUAUUAUAAAUAUGACUAUAUUCCUCCAAGUGAAGGACUUUUAACUACUGUAUAAAAUGCAACAUGCUUUACAUUUGAUGAACCUAUAGAAGUGCUCCAGAUGAAGCGAAUGAAGGAACUUAAAUUAGAUAGUCAAAGAGAUUAGGAAAUUCACGAAAGAUAUUCAGAGAUAAAGAGAAAUUCAAUUAUGGAGUUGAGCAAAAUAAAUAUUACAUGAUAGAUUAAAUUUAUAUCAUUUACACUUUGUAAUAAGAAAUAA